CUGGCGUGCUCAGAAGUGGUUGUGUUUGGAACGGCUCCCGCGCAUUCAGUUUACAGAUAAGACCUAUAUUUGGAUUAAAAUACACAUAAUUUGUGUUCUGAAGUCUUUUUUGCAACCAUGAUGAUGUCAAAUGAUACCGGUAUUAGUGAGCCGUCAUCACCCGAGAGUACAUUUGAUGACACAGACUUGCUGAACAAUGUUACCGAUGAUGUGACUGCCCAGUUAGCUGCUGCAGGUCCAAUAGGAGUAGCAGCUGCAGCAGCUAUAGCUACAGGUAAAAAGAGGAAAAGACCACACUCCUUUGAAACCAAUCCAUCUAUCAGAAAGAGACAACAAACAAGGUUACUGAGGAAGUUAAAAGUCACCAUUGAUGAAUACACAACCCGUGUUGGACAACAAGCAUGUGUUAUGUUGUGUGCACCUGGCAAACCCAGCGCUGCUUUCAAAGUCUUUGGUGCAGCUCCAUUAGAAAACGUGGUUCGAAAUUGUCGUAAUGUUAUUAUGUCUGAGCUAGAAAAUGCUCUUGCACUGCAAGCGCCUGCCCCACCACCUGAGAACUCUAAUCUACAUGAACUGCCUGCUCUGGUCAUCGAUGGCAUUCCUACUCCAGUUGAUAAAAUGACGCAAGCACAACUUCGUGCAUUUAUUCCCAUGAUGCUUAAAUACUCAACUGGGCGUGGUAAGCCAGGAUGGGGGAAAGAAUCAUGUCGACCUGUUUGGUGGCCUUCAGAUCUGCCCUGGGCGAAUGUUAGAAGUGAUGCAAGAAGUGAGGAGCAAAAACAAAAGCCACCAUCCUGGGAAGUCAAGUUGGAGAGAACACUGGAAGCUCAUCAUACCAUCCCGCACAACAUGCAGGUAUCAUGGACCCAUGCACUACGAACAAUAGUAAAAAACUGUUACAAACACCAUGGAAGAGAAGACCUGCUUAUAGAAUUCCUUGAUGACUCUCCAAACGUGCAGCAUCCUCAACAAGCCUCCCAUCAUAUUGUCCAAUCUCAUACAGUCCUUCAAACCAUCAACAAUCCUGAUGGAACAGUAUCACUGAUACAGGUAGAUCCAGGCACAACAGUUACAGCAUUGACGGCGGCUGAUGUUGUUGCGCACCAGACCAACUUUGCUACACAGCAUCAGCACAACCAUAACAGCUCACAGGCAGAAGCCACACAAGCAGUGGCUACCUUAGCUGAAGUUGCAGCAGCCACACAGAGUGAAGUUGCCUUACCUCAAGCACCCCAAGCUACACCUGUAUCCAUAGACAUUAAUAGUGCAGCUGCAGCAGAAGCAGUGGCAACAUUAGCUGAAGCUACUUUAUCUGAAGGUGGGCAUAUACUAUUGUCGGGUGAUGCAGCAGCGGCAGUUGGAGCACUUUCUGGAGCACACGAGACACACGGUGGUAUGGUCACUAUUCCAGUAUCUAUGUAUCAGACUGUCGUCACAAGUAUUGCUAACUCUCAACACCAACAACAACAGCAUGCACAACAGCAGCAGCAGCAGCAGCAACAGCACCAGCAGCAGCAACAACAACAUUCUCACCAUAUAACUAUACAACAACAGCAGCAGCAGCAACAACAACAACAGCAACAACAACAUCAUCACCACAUAAGCAAUCAAGAACAACAUGUACAGGAACACCAGAGCAGACAGGAGGGUGUGCCACAGGUUGCCAUGGCACCAAACACAACUGAAGGUAGUCCCAUGGAAACUGAUGUACCAGUUGCGACGCAUGCUGUUGAGGUUGUAACCCUUGAACAGACACAGUAAUGACUUUUUCAAAAUUUGUGAGUUGUACAUUAAAGGAUGUCCAGUUAUAUUGCAGCGAGCUAGUCCAAGGAAAUGAUAUGAAACCUAGACUAAAAUUGUAUUUUACUGAAACUAAAACCUGGCAGCACAUUGUAUAAAUGUUUAUGAAAAUUUAUGUAUCAUAUACACUGUUUUGGAAUAUUUAUUGCUGGACACUUUUCUCCAUCAAUACAUUUUUGCUUGCAUUGAUUCUAGUCUAAUCCGAUUUUUGUACUGAUGCCACAGUUUAUGUCAGAUGUAAAUAUGUUAUUUUAUUUUUAUUUUAACUUUUAGAGACUAUUUUUCUUAAAUUUGUUGUUGAUAGGUUUGGAGAAACUGACAUCUAGUAUUUAGCUUGUGGAAUGAUAUUAAAAUGUGUCAAGAAGUACACGUAAAAUAAAACUGUAAAGGAGAUACAGUAAAAUUCAAGAGCUAUCAUUUGCUGAUGGCAUCGCUGAGUACUCUCAAGUUAUAUUGUAUAAAAAUUGUUGACUUACAAGUUCACCCCUCUGUAGUUUGUAAUUUUAGUUUAGUUCGCCCGUAAUUCUGGCUUAUAAUAGUGUAAGGUAUUCAUUCGAGUUAUUGUGCAUGUAAAAGCUUGGUGUCACUGGCUUUUUCUUCACAAAUCGUUUCUGGAAUAAACUGCCUAGGUCUGAAGAA